GGUCCUUCCUUAAAAAUGAAACAUUUGGAAAAGGAAACAAAACACCCUCAAUACCAGGACGGACUCACCCGGGUCCGCCCCCCAGCCCCUGCACSUUCAGGCGCCUCCCAGCAUGCCCCGCGCGGGCGCGGCCAUGUUGCGGGACCAUGUUCCACAGCAGCACGCAGUGGCGGCACUGGACCUUCCGCGGUGCCCCAGGGCGACCCGGUGCUGCUGGAGCCGCACGAGGAGCUAGCGCUAUGCAAGCAUUACGAGAAGCGGCUGCUGGACUUCUGCGCCGCGUUCAAGCCCGCGAUGCCGCGGUCCGUGGUGGGAACAGCUUGCAUGUAUUUCAAACGCUUCUACCUCAAUAACUCAGUGAUGGAGUAUCAUCCUCGGAUAAUAAUGCUAACAUGUGCAUUUUUGGCCUGUAAAGUAGAUGAAUUUAAUGUAUCCAGUGCACAGUUCGUUGGUAACCUUCGAGAAAGUCUUCUUGGACAGGAAAAAGCUCUUGAGCAAAUCUUGGAAUAUGAACUACUACUUAUUCAGCAACUGAACUUCCAUCUCAUCAUCCACAAUCCAUACAGGCCAUUUGAGGGAUUUCUAAUUGAUAUGAAGACUCGCUAUCCAGUGCUGGAAAAUCCUGAAAUUUUGAGGAAAACAGCUGAUGACUUCCUUAAUCGCGUGGCUUUGACAGAUGCAUAUCUGCUCUUUACUCCCUCACAGAUAGCUCUCACUGCCAUAUUAUCUAGUGGUUCCAGAGCAGGAAUUAAUAUGGAAAGCUAUUUAUCAGAGAGUCUUACACUGAAAGAAAACAGAUCAACUCUAUCCAGGUUACUAGAUGAUAUGAAAUGCAUGAAAAAUCUCAUAAAGAAAUACGAACUGCCAAGGCCUGAAGAGAUUGCUGCUCUAAAACAGAAAUUAGAGAAAUGUCACAGCUUGGAGCUUUCACUUAAUACAAACCCGAAGAAGAGGAAGGGUUAUGAAGAUGAUGACUAUGUCACAAAGAAAUGUAGAAUGGAUGAGGAUGAGUGGACUGAUGAUGAUCGUGUGGAUUCAGCAUUACUUUGAAGGAAGAUGGACUUCUGCCACUGCAAACUACUUUCUGGUGUCAGGCAUGUGUUUUGGGAGCAUAUUGCAAUUUAUAUUCCUAGGAGAAUUCUUACUAGAAGAUCUGGUAUUGCUCUAUUACCUUUGACCUGACCAGGAACCUACGGCAUGGAGACUCAAACCUAAAUGAAAGGUGAAUCCAUCCAUUAGGAGCUUUUUUUAAUCUAAGUGAGGGAACAGCGACAAAUUCAGCAAAAUCUGCUGUUAGCUAUAACAUAAAUCAUAAAUCAGUAAUGCUGCAAAUUAAAAUGGCAGAUUAAUCCAACAGGUAUUUUCAAACCAACAGUUAUCAGAGACCUCAUACAAAAUCUGUCAUUUAAAGAAAACUGAUGUAUCACAGUAUGCAGAAGUUGUGAUUUAGUCAGAAAAGGAUGAAACCUGGAACCUACUCAAAUUUUCCAUUUGAUCAAAAUAUUCUGAGAUAAUUUCUAAGUACUUUAAAAGAACUAAUUCACGGUGCUUAGCACAUUUUUUUUCAUCUGGAUUUUUAAAAUUAAUUAUUAUUGGCUUUAAAAUACAUACACAUAACGUGGUGACCUACCUGCUGUUACAGCUAUCAUACACACAAAGCAGUCCCACUUCAAAAGGACUCCGUGACAGCAGUUCACUUUCAAACUACAACUCGUAGAAUGCAUGCAGUGAAACUCUGGCCAAUGCUUACUGAAAUUCAGCCUAACAUUUUUAAAGCAAAAAUUAAUUUCGGUCUCUGGUCAAAACCAUGUGACAAGUUAUGUAUAAAAAUUUUUGGUUUAAAACAUGGUUUUGGAAAGUUUGAAUUUUUGGCCAAAACUUUAUUUUCAUAGCUAUAAAAUCUACUUGAGCUUCUCACAUUUACAGAGGCACUAAAUUAGUAAAGUCCUGUAUGAUAAACUAGCAAUUUUUAAACAUGCAUAAAMAAAUGUACUCAGAUGAAAGCAUUCAAAAUUGUGUGGAAACUGAUACACCGUUGAGUUAGUUAAUAAGAGGCGUAAAGAAUUUGAAUUUACACUCCUGCUACAUAACUUCAGCAAACUUUUUUUUAAUCACUUACCCCAAGU